ACUCUAGUUUCAACCCAGAACAUAAAUCUCAUUUCUAUGUUGUAAGAACACUUCCCUGUCACUCCCUGAUUUAUAGCAAUGAAUAAAAGCUACCACAUAUUGAGGCUUGUGUCCCAGACACUGAGCUAGGUACAGGCUCAUUUAAGCCUGAAAGAAAACCCUGUGAGGUUAAAUGUUUUCAUUCUCACUUCACAGAUGAGAAAACUUAUAUUUAGAGAAGUCAAGUUGCCCAGGGAUAUGCGUCAAGUAAACCUGGGCCCUUCAACAUAAGACACUGUCUCUGGCCUUAUGUUGACCACAGGUCUUAUCCCCAUUUUAUAAGAAAGGACACCGAGUUUAAGUCAUCCUGCAGCUGCUUAUCACCCAGGUUCAUGACGUCUAGCAAGUGGGAGAGGCUAAAACUUGAACAUCUCAUUGAUACCCAGCCCCCUCCCCCAAUUAUACCCUGACACACUCCCCUCCCCUACUUGUGCCUUGACACUGACCUAAGUGUCCCCACUCCCCGACUUGUACUCUCCACUGCAGCAAACACUUGCGGCAGCUCCAAGAAUCUGUAAAAAUGUGUUCUCUUGCCCUGGGGCCUUUGGACAGGCUGUGCCUUCCCCUGCAUUUGCCUGGCAAAGGCAUCGAGAUGUAACCUCCUCCAGGAAGCCAUCCCUGACCACCCUAGUCCCAGUACCCUUUUAAGUGCUUUCUUGACUCAUCCUGACAUAUAACAUUUGGCAUUAUGGUGGCCUGUCUUCCUUUUUCUUCCCCUGCCAGUUUGCAAAGCCUAGGUCAAGACCAUAUGUGUUAUGGUUAGGUCUUCAGAGCUCAGCACACAAGCAAGCAGAGUAGGUCCUCAGUAUUUGUCACAUGAAUGCUUGACGAUCCCAGCUGUUUUGCUUUAUUUGGAGGCUACAGCUUAGGUGCAUGAAGCAGGCUAUAAGACAGAAAUGUGGCUUCUUGUGUACCCCCAUCAAGAGGGCACAGUAGGGGAUGCUCUGUGUACUCAGUGCACUGACACAAAAACCGUGGUGUCCUUCUUGCUAAAGCAAAGUCCCAGGCUACUGUUUUCUCACUCCCGGUCAGAAACAAAUCAUGUUCUGAGUGACUGGAGUCAUCGCUCAACACCAGGAGCUGGUUUAGGGUAGGGUGAGGGGCAGUGGCCUUGGGGCUCCAGUCUCUAAAGGCCGAGGCCGGCGGGCUGGGGGGAGGGGUGAAGCGCGGCAGGUCCUGUCCCUGGGAGGCUGCAGUCACUGGGGGAGAGACAAUGGGGCUCAGCAUCUGCUCUUCGCUGGGAGAAGGGACCCUCCAGUGAAAAGCCAGGGAGAGCAGGGAAGUGUGGGAGGAAUUGAUGAGAAGGGGUGGAGCCAAGGAGACGCAGCCGGGAGGAAGGAAGAGAAGGGGAAGGAAGAGAGAAGGGAGGGGAGAGGAUCCAGGCUUUUCCUUCCUUUCGAUGACCUGGUCCUGAGCUACAGCCUUCUCUGGCAUUGUUUCCUGCGGAAACUCUUGGGGCCCGCGAAGACUCACGUUUCUCCCCAAGCCCUGGCCACAGCCUAAGUCCAAGGGCCAGGCAUCCAGCAGGUGCUCAAUUCUUACUUGGGAAAAUGAGAUAUGUGGCCAACUUUGCUCUGGGAACUUUUCCCCUGUCUUCUCCCCAUUUCUCUGCAGAAGCAGAAGGCAGAGCAGGUCUUGGGAACACGCCCAGGCGCCCCAAGAAGAAUUGGCCCUUCUUGGCGGCUCUGCCGAGCCCUGUCCGACGACUUGGAGUGAAGAAGCGGCUGGGAGUGGCGGGCUUCCAGGAGGUUGGAAGCCGAGGGUCCGGCCAGCCCAGGAGCCAGGAGGGAGGCCAGGCUGUGCCAAGCCCCGCGGCCCUGCAAGGAGGCAGAGGGAGCCCGACCCCAGCGCUGCCAACGGCCACGCCUCGGCGCCCCCCAGCAGUGCGCCUGGGGGCCGAGGCUCAGGCCCUGGUAUUGGAGAGCCCACGAGGAGCCGAUCCCAGCGGCUCCUCCGAGCCCCGGCCCCACCCGGGCCCUGGCGCUCGCAGCCCGCACCGCUCCCUCGAGUCUGGACGUCCAGGGCUCUGCAAACAGCUGUUUAAAGGCUUUUUACAGUUCAGUGCUCUGCGGGGAUGUUUGUUCCAAGCCCAUCUGCCUACUUUAAAAAUAUAUAAGUAAAGAACACACCCAGCCUUCCACCUCUGGCUAGGGAGGGGCGGGCACGGCGGCCCCCGCCCGCACUUCGGUUGGAGCCGGCACCUAGCACCCAGUUCGCCCACCCCCACCAGGCUUCCCACGGGGUGGGGGUGGGGGGUCCCCCGGCUCUUUUGUGCCGGCCCGGGCCCCCCAUUUCCAUGCGAGGUUCUGACGCUCCCCCGCUUCAGUUAAUCUUUGUUCCCCUUUUCUGCUGAGAGGAGAAAAAAAAAAAAAGAGAGAGAGAGAAAGAAAAGGAGGAAAAAAGGCGUGACUUGAUUUUCAAACGAAACUCCCACAGCAAACAAAACCCUUUUAGAGAAAUAAGAAAGGAGGAAGAAGGAAGAAAAGAGGGAAGAAAAAAAAAAAAGGAAAGAGAAAACCCUCCAGGCUUUCAAUUUGAGUGGGAGAGUUGAACCGAAAGAAAGAGAAAGAAAGGAAGAAAAAUCCUCUCUGCGGUAGAAAGAGAAAAGAAAACUUGGGCUGACAGGAGGGGGUGGGGGGUGGAAGGAAGUGAGAACACAAAAGAGAGAUAAAAGGGCUGCUUUUCUGUCUCUCUUCCUCCGCGAGCCGGGUUAGGAGGAGCUGUUUUGCAUCCCUUCACGUCAGCCCUGCCUCAUUCCCUUCUUCCAGGGAGGGAGAGCGAGCGAGCGGGAGAGAGAGGGAGAGAGAGAGAGAGGAGAGGGAGAGAGAGGGGGGAGAGAGAGAGAAAGAGGAGCCGGAGGGAGGGCGGCAGGAGCCGGCGGCGGGCGCGCGUGGAGGCGGCGGCGGGCGCGCAGCAGCAGCCCGGGCGGUGGGCAGCCAAGGAGCCCCCGGCCCCGGCCCGUCUCGGGCCCCAGCGCAGAAGCCGCGCCCGGACCCAGGCGAUGCCCUCCUAGCCAGCCGCCACGGGAUGGAGGGCUUCAUGGACUCAGGGACACAGACGGAUGCUGUGGUGGUGCUGUCCUUGGCUCAGGCCGCUGUGCUGGGCCUCGUCUCAGAAAAUGAGCUCUUUGGAGCCACCAUAAGCGCCGAAGCCUUCUACCCGGACCUGGGGCCGGAGCUGUCUGGGGUGGCCAUGGGGGAGCCCCGGCCCCCAGGCCCCGAUGUCUACCAGCUGGCCUGCAACGGGCGGGCCCUGGAGGAGCCGGCAGAGGAGGAGGUGCUGGAGGUGGAGGCGGCCUUUGAGAAGCACACCCGGCGGAAGACGCGGCCGCCUGUGCGGCUGGUGCCCAAGGUCAAGUUUGAGAAAGUGGAGGAGGAGGAGCAGGAGGUCUACGAAGUGUCAGUGCCCGGUGACGACAAGGAUGCAGGCCCGGCAGAGGCUCCUGCCGAGGUAGCCAGUGGCGGCUGCGAGGCCCUGGUGCAGAGCAGCGCCGUCAAGAUGAUUGACCUCAGCGUCUUCAGCCGCAAGCCCCGGACACUUCGGCACCUGCCUCGAACCCCACGGCCGGAGCUGGACGUAGCCCCCUACGACCCCCACUUCCCUGACCCGGCCCGGGACAGCUUCCCCGAGCCGAGCAUGGCGCUACCUGGGCCAGAGGCCUUGCCGGCGGAGUGCGGUUUCGAACCGCCGCACCUGGCACCCCUGAGCGACCCUGAGGCUCCCACCAUGGAGUCUCCGGAGCCCGUGAAGCCAGAACAGGGCUUCGUGUGGCAAGAGGCAGGCGAGUUCGAGGCUGAUGCGGCGGGCUCGACAGUGGAGCGUCACAAGAAGGCCCAACUGGACCGGCUGGACAUCAACGUGCAGAUUGAUGACUCGUACCUGGUGGAGGCGGGAGACCGCCAGAAGCGCUGGCAGUGCCGCAUGUGCGAGAAGUCCUACACAUCCAAGUACAACCUGGUGACGCACAUCCUGGGCCACAACGGCAUCAAGCCGCACUCGUGCCCGCAUUGCAGCAAGCUCUUCAAGCAGCCUAGCCAUUUGCAGACACACCUGCUGACGCACCAGGGCACCCGGCCGCACAAGUGCCAGGUGUGCCAGAAGGCCUUCACACAGACCAGCCACCUCAAGCGUCACAUGCUGCUGCACUCGGAGGUCAAGCCCUACAGCUGCCAUUUCUGUGGCCGCGGCUUUGCCUACCCCAGCGAGCUCAAGGCCCACGAGGUGAAGCAUGAGAGCGGCCGCUGCCAUGUGUGCGUCGAGUGUGGCCUGGACUUCUCCACCCUGACCCAGCUCAAGCGCCACCUGGCCUCCCACCAGGGCCCCACCCUCUACCAGUGCCUCGAGUGCGACAAGUCCUUCCACUACCGCAGCCAGCUGCAGAACCACAUGCUCAAGCACCAGAACGUGCGGCCCUUCGUGUGUACCGAGUGCGGCAUGGAGUUCAGCCAGAUCCACCACCUCAAGCAGCACUCACUCACCCACAAGGGCGUGAAGGAGUUCAAGUGCGAGGUGUGUGGCCGGGAGUUCACCCUGCAGGCCAACAUGAAGCGGCACAUGCUGAUCCACACCAGCGUUCGGCCCUACCAGUGCCACAUCUGCUUCAAGACCUUCGUGCAGAAGCAGACCCUCAAGACCCACAUGAUUGUACACUCGCCCGUGAAGCCAUUCAAGUGCAAGGUGUGCGGGAAGUCCUUCAACCGAAUGUACAACCUGCUGGGCCACAUGCACCUGCACGCGGGCAGCAAACCCUUCAAGUGCCCGUACUGCUCUAGCAAGUUUAACCUCAAGGGCAACCUGAGCCGGCACAUGAAGGUCAAGCAUGGCGUCAUGGACAUCGGCCUGGACAGCCAAGACCCCAUGAUGGAGCUGACAGGCAGCGACCCCUCUGAGCUUGACGGCCAGCAGGAGAUGGAGGACUUCGAGGAGAACGCUUACGCCUACGCCAGUGUGGACGGCAGCGCCGAGGCCAGCGUCCUCACCGAACAGGCCAUGAAAGAGAUGGCCUACUACAAUGUGCUAUAGCAUAAGCCGGGCCUCCCGGCACAGGGCGAGGAGGGUGAGGGGCCUCGGGGGAGACCCAUGUGCUGCGGGCCACACCUCCUGCAGCCCAGAAACAAGCUACUGCCCCGCCAUCUUGAGCCCUCCCCUCCCACUCAGUCGUCUGCACCACUAGGGACUCGUAGACCAAAUGGAGACUGUACUACUGGCCUCAGCUGUGAACCAGGCCCACCCGAGGCAUUCUAGGGAGGGAAGGCUACCCGGGGGCCCAGGUCAGGGUCUCCCUGGCCUGCUGCGAUGGGCAGGUGGGAGCAACGUGGAUGGGGCCAUUUGGGGACAAGGUCACAGGGCACAGGUUCUCAGGUCUCUCCAGGCCCAGCAGAGCUGGGGCAGCCAGUGUAGACAGGGCCAUCCUGAUGGCUCCCCAGGGGGCCUGUCCCUGGAGGAAGAGAUCUCUUAAGCCAUGCCUUGUUUCUCCCCUGGACUACCCCCUGCCUCUAGGGACAUUUGAGCUCUUGUGCUGGUCAGCACGGCCCCCACCUCCCCAUCCCCACCAGCCCCCCGGCUGGAGCCCCUUCCCCACCCCGUCCAUGACAGCCAGGCAGGGCCCUCUGCCUCCUACCUCCUGGUGCCUCCCUCGCCCUCCUCCAGCCAGGCCUGCAUGUGGCCCCCCCUCCCCGCCCUCUUCCCCCUCUCCCCCAGCCCCAUCCUCUCCAGCCAACCCCCAGAAGGCCCCCUCCUUCCAGCACAGUUUGGAAAUGGGUGUCCCUAAAGUGGAUUUCAACAAACUGUUACCCAGUUCCGUCUCAAACAGGGGACACCGCAGCAGGGUCCCCAACAAAGCUGCGACUUGCCUUGCAUCGGGCACACACUAACAAAGACAGAUGGAGGCCCCUUGAGUGAGGUGGCAAGCACAGUGAUGGGGUCACUGGGGACCAAGAGGGGCCAUCCUCAAGGAGGCCACGUGAGGUUGGGGGGGGGGGGCUGGAAUUUUUCUCUUAUUUAACGUCUAAGAAGUAUCCAUUUUGAGGAUGGGGACACAGCCAAGAGUCAGCGGGGUCCCAGGAAGAGCAACAUAUUUGAAAAGGAAAACGAAGACCAUAGAGGGAAAAAAAAAAAUUUUUCUUUUUUGAGCAAAGGGGGUAUUUCAAAAGUAAUUUAUUUUAUUUUAUUUUUUUUCUUUCCAGCUCUUUGUCACUUGUUACCUUUUCUGAUUCAUUUUCUUUUCCUUAGUGGAAGCUUUCUUGUGUGCUGUGUGUGCUUUGUGCCUCCCCGACCAAGAGCGGCCUGAGCCUGGCCUGGAGGGACUCAGCUCAGGCUCUGAGGGUGCGGCCCUGAGGGUACAGCCGCUGGCAGGAAGCUCGGGAGGCCAGGGUGAGAGACAGGAGGAGGCAGAACCCUGCAGGCUCCUGCCCAUGACUUGCUCUGCACCACCCAGAGCAGUGGCCAGGGCUCAGUCUCACCCUCUCUGUCCCUGAGCCAGCUCCUGCCCCCGCAACAGAGGCCUGCAGCCCAGGGCAGCGAGGAAGCACAUUCAGGACAGCUAGGACCCCCCACUCACCCCCUGCAGCCAUUCUGAAAGGAACAGGAGGUGAGGCCCCCAGAGACCAGGAACUGGAGUGGGAGGGAGAGGGGGUUGCUGGUUUGAAAUGCCACUGUUCCCAGGGCUGUAUCCUUAGAGAAGGCCCAGGCCAGGCCUCAGGGUGGCCCGAGAUCAGGACCGAGAGGACGAGGCAGCCUUGGGAUCAGGCAGCCAGGUGCCCCAUUCUUCUCUGCUGGAGUGCAUGCUAAGCAGCAAAUGAGAGGGCGGGGGAGGGGUGGGGAGCCACGGGAGCCUCGCUCCAAGGGUGGCCCUCAGACCCCAAGGCUCCAGCCUCCCAGGUGCCCGCACGAUGACCCUCAGGUGGCAGUGACCCCGUCACUGUAGAAGAUAUUUUCUCCUGCUGAGCAGAAGCAUCAUCCCCGCAAACUACCUCUUCCCACGACGUCUUUCUCCCCUGGUACCAAAAAGAACCCCGUACCUCCUCCUCCCUCUCCUCUUCCUGCCAGCGCAGUGGCCUUGGUCUUGGACACCCACAGGAGAAGGUCUGGCCCCAGGGUGGGGCUCCCCUCUUCCCCGAGCCCCGCCAUCAGCACCAGCCCUCCGCGAGGUUUGAUACUUGAACGCGCCCCGGCCCUGGGCCAGGCUGAGAGGAUGAAGCAGCACAACUCACCACGCGAGCUGGGGGUGGUCUCGGCGAGGGUCCCGUCCUCACCCCGCCACCCCCCACCCCAGCCUUUUCAGAAGAGGCAUGCGGCCUCUCGGGUGACUUGGAAACUCCUGGAUGAAAUUCCAUUCUAACUUAUUUUGAGGUGUAUACAAACCAACUGUUUAGAAAUUCCACUUGUGCAAAGCCCUACUGUGUUCUAUGUUCCCGUUUAAAAGAGUUUACUUAGCAAUAAUUAUAAAUAAAUGAAUAUUCUUUAGUGAGGUGACUGCGAGUGCUUCUUUCUGUAGUUCUUGGGGACCUGGCCCUCACCCCAGCCCCAAAAGGAACUCCCUACAAGGCUUUGCUCUCCAGGGUCCCUCCUCUGCACUAGAAGGGCCACCUGUGGAGCUCUGAGCCCAAGAGAAAUAGACGCAGGCCAGGGCCCCAGAGCUUCUACCACUUGCAGAGAAAAGCCGCUUCCCUACCACCCGGACAGAAGCCAGCUCACUAUGCCCGGCUGGGCUUCAGGGGCUGUGCCUUCCAAGGGGCUGCCAGCCCUUUGCUACUGAUGAGGAAGGAGGAAUGGGAAACCUUGAGCUUCCCAUCGGCAGCGGGGCCCAGCAGAGCCAGCAGGCCAGCUUUUCUCCCUACGACCCUGGGAGCUGAGCAAUUCCUGAGCAACAGUGGUCUCAGAGCAGAAGGCAGCUGCCAGUGGAGGUAGGCAGCCAAACACCAUCUCAAAGCUACCAAGAUCCCAACUCGGGUUUCAGGAGCCAUGAGAGCCCACCCAAAUUUGGGAAAUGGCCUUGGGGUUUAAGUCAAGAUGCUUCCAAAGUAGAAUAUAACCCUUGCAUGGAGGAUAGCCCUUAAAAUGGAUCUGUUUAGCUUUAUAGAAACUUAAUGAAGUUUUUCUAGGGUUUUUUCGUGUGUGUGUUUUUCUUUUCAGGGCUGCACCUGCAGCACAUGGAGGUUCCCAGGCUAGGGGUCGAAUCUGAGCCAUAGCUGCCGGCCUACACCACAGCCAUGCCAGAUCCAAGCCAUGUCUGCGACCUACACCACAGCUCACGGCAACACCGGAUCCUUAACCACUGAGCAAGGCCAGGGAUUGAACCCAAAACCUCAUGGAUACUAGUCGGAUUCGUUAACCACUGAGCCACGAUGGCAACUCCUUUUCUAGUUUUGCUAAAGAAUGGUGAAGAGGAACCCAAGUUUGCAAGCCCCUGGCCUGGACCGCGCUGGGACCCCACACACUCCCAGGCCUGAACCCCAAGGCAGCCGUAAGGAACGGGGGCAGCUACUGUGCGGGGCCUGUUUUGAGAGCCAAGAAAUGGGCAAACAAAGCAGUCCAGCGAUGUUCAGAAGGGUGAACGCAACAAAGAAAAAAAUAAAUAAAAAUAUACCUGGAAUCUAUCGGGAAGUGACAGAAGUCUCAAAAGGGAGAAGAGAAAAAAAAAAAAAAGGGGGGAGAAGAGGCUA